UCGGGAUCUCUUGCACGCCCACUAUCCCUCCCAAACAACUAACAGCCGCUAUUAUCUACCUUAGCACCUAGCAUCGCGGAAUACCCACUGCGGUACUCGGAAUUGGUUGUUGCGCGGUUCUGGCCUCUGGUUAAUCACGAGCUCAAUCAAUCCGCUUAGCCUACUUCCAUCGGAUCACCGACCAUCCCCGAGACUCUCAGCACAGGCAUUUGGCACAGGCAUAUGUAUUAAACCUCGAUAGCUCGGGUGUCCGGUUGUUUCUCUCCCCAUUUGAAUCAACUUCCUCCUUUUCGCAUCAACCUUUUAGCUCCUCACUCCUCCAUCAUCGUCCUCCUCCUUCAUCCCUUUCAUUGUGAGCUCGGUGUUCUGGGCUACAACUUUUGGUUGAAUCCAGUAUACUUCCACAUCCCACAUCAUGGCUGAUCAGCUGAGGUAUGACGGCCAGACCGUCGUCGUUACGGGCGCCGGUGGUGGCCUCGGAAAGGCGUACGCCACCUUCUUCGGCUCAAGGGGCGCAAAUGUCGUCGUGAACGAUCUGGGCGGCACGUUCAAGGGUGAGGGCGCCUCAAACAAGGCUGCCGAUGUCGUUGUUGAUGAGAUCAAGGCGGCGGGCGGAAAGGCCGUCGCCAACUACGACAGCGUCGAGUUCGGAGAGAAGAUCAUCGAUACUGCCAUUCAGGCGUUCGGCAGGAUAGACAUCCUGAUUAACAACGCUGGUAUCUUGCGAGAUAUCAGCUUUAAGAAUAUCAAGGAUGAGGAUUGGGAUCUGAUUAUGAAGGUCCAUGUAACUGGUUCAUACAAGUGUGCUCAUGCCGCGUGGCCCCAUUUCAGGAAACAGAAGUAUGGCCGCAUCAUCAACACUGCGUCCGCCGCCGGUCUCUUCGGCAACUUCGGACAGACCAACUACUCGGCGGCUAAACUCGCCAUGGUCGGUUUCACCGAAACCCUCGCCAAGGAGGGCUUCAAAUAUAACAUCUUUGCCAACGUCAUCGCCCCGAUUGCCGCAUCCCGCAUGACCGAGACCGUCAUGCCCCCAGAGGUCCUCGCGGUCCUCAAACCCAAAUGGGUUGUUCCCCUUGUCGCCAACCUCGUCCACUCCUCCAACAAGACCGAAACUGGCAGCAUCUUCGAGGUUGGCGGUGGCCACAUGGCCAAGAUCCGCUGGGAGCGCUCCAAAGGUUUGCUCCUGAAGGCCGACCCAGAGACGUACACUCCUGAGUCCAUCCUGAAGAAAUGGGAUCAAGUCAACGAUUUCAGCCAGGCCGACCAUCCGCAGGGCCCCGCCAACUUCUUGGAGCUGCUCGAGAAUGCGCAGAAGCUGCCGCCGAACGAGCAGGGCCCUAAGGUGGACCUGAAGGGUAAGGUCGUCCUCGUCACCGGAGGUGGUGCCGGUCUUGGUCGCGCAUACUGCUUGCUCUUCGCCAAAUAUGGCGCUAGGAUCGUCGUCAAUGACCUCGUCAAUCCAGACGAUGUCGUCAAGGAGAUUCGCGCUCUGGGCGGCGAGGCUGUCCCCAACAAGGCGAACGUCGAAGACGGCCCCGCGGUCGUCAAGUCCGCCAUCGAAGCUUACGGCCGCAUUGAUGUCCUCAUCAACAACGCCGGCAUCCUGCGCGACAAGGCAUUCACAAACAUGGACGACAACCUGUGGAACCCGAUCAUGAACGUGCAUCUGCGCGGCACCUACUCUGUCAGCAAGGCCGCCUGGCCCCACAUGCUGAAGCAGAAAUACGGCCGCAUCAUCAACACCACCAGCACGUCCGGCAUCUACGGCAACUUCGGGCAGAGCAACUACGCCGCCGCGAAGUGCGGUAUUCUCGGCUUCUCCCGCGCCCUUGCCCGUGAGGGUGCGAAGUAUAACAUCUUCGUCAACACCGUCGCCCCUAACGCCGGCACCCAGCUCACCGCCACCGUCAUGCCAGAGGAGAUGGUCCAGGCGUUCAAGCCCGACUACGUUGCGCCGAUGGUCGCGUUGCUGUGCAGUGACGUGUGCCCCGAGCCGACCGGCAAGCUGUACGAGAUCGGCAGUGGCUGGCAGGCGCAAACCCGCUGGCAGCGGACCGGAGGACACGCGUUCCCUAUCGACGUGGAGCUGACUCCCGAGGAGGUGUUGAAGUUCUGGAAGCCGAUCGUCACAUUUGACGAACGUGCGGAUAACCCGGAUGACCAGCAGUCGGGCUUGGCCAGCAUCAUGGCGAACAUGUCGAAUAAGACGAAGGGUGACAGCGGCGAGAGCGAGACCAAUGAGUAUCUGGAGGCGCAGAAGAACGCUUUGUCCGCGAAGGCUGAGGGAACUCCGUUCGAUUACGAGCAGAAGGAUGUCAUCCUCUAUAACCUCGGAAUCGGCGCCAAGCGCGACGACCUCCCGCUCAUCUACGAAAACAACGACAACUUCCAAGUCGUUCCCACCUUCGGCGUCAUUCCCCCUUUCAACGCCGUCUCCCCCUUCAGCAUCGGAGACCUCGUCCCCAACUUCUCCCCCAUGAUGCUCCUCCACGGCGAACAGUUCCUCGAAAUCCGCCAAUUCCCCAUCCCCACCGAAGCCAACCUCGUCUGUUACCCCAAUCUCGUCGAGGUCGUCGAUAAGGGCAACGCCGGCGUCGUUGUCUCUGGCUCCACCACCAAGGACAAGCGCACCGGUAAAGACGUCUUCUACAACGAAAGCACCGUCUUCAUCCGCGGCGCCGGUGGCUUCAACGGCGCCAAGAAGGGCCGCGACCGCGGCCCCGCCACCGCCGCCAACAAGCCCCCCGCCCGCCCCGCUGACAAGGUCGUCACCGAAAAGACCACCGAGGAGCAAGCGGCGCUCUACCGCCUCUCGGGCGACUACAACCCGCUGCAUGUGGACCCCGAGUUUAGCAAAGUCGGCGGGUUCAAGGUGCCGAUCCUCCACGGGCUAUGCUUCUUCGGGAUCAGCGGGAAGCAUAUCCUGCAGACGUACGGACCGUUUAAGAACAUCAAGGUGCGGUUUGCCGGGUCAGUGUUGCCUGGGCAGACGCUGCGCACGGAGAUGUGGAAGCAGGGUGGGAAGGUGGUGUUCCAGACGACGGUGGUGGAGACGGGGAAGCUGUGCAUUUCGGCGGCGGGAGCAGAGUUGCUUGGGGGACAGGGGAAGUUGUAAGUGGGUACGGAUCAGAGGAUCCGGUGGGCGUUAAGUGAAGACGGACGUCCAUGUACCAUGGAGAUGAGACACGCGCAGGAAAGCGGUUCCGGUUGUACUCUUAUUGGUCGAACAUCUAUCUUGGGCAUAUAUGUGGUUUUUGAGCCAGCUUUGCCGUCUUUCUGUUAGCUUGUAAAAAGUUGCACACUUCUUUCCUCCAAUCUACCGUUUAUUUCU